AUGCAUAUAUACCCACGUAUACAUGUAUGUAAGGGUGCUCAAAGGGUUUGGCGCCAGGCCGGCGAAGCGGGGGCGCGGGUUGUCUCCCUGUCGCCUGAGACGCGGCACGAGACGCCGGAGCAUUCCACCUUGGUGGCCGCCUACCCGCAGACAUCCCAGCUGGGCAUCGCCCACGUGCAACGCGGCCGCUACGGGAAAGCCUGUGUCGAGUUUGGGUCGCUGGGGCGGCCUUUCGACAUUUUUCUGGAGAUUUUGAGAGGGGCCGAGCAGCGGGAGGAAACGCUGGGGAAAGAGUUCGUGUAUGUCCGACACAUCGAUGGUGGCAGCGCCUACGAUUUGGAGCUGGUGCCCUUCAGGGAGGUGCAGUUGGAGAGGUACAUGACGGUGAGCCCUGCGGGGAUGUCCACGUAUGUGAGGGGUUUGCCGACGGCCUUCGUCUCCUUGAAGAGCUGGCUGCAGGAACGGCGGCUCUUCCGGCUCUUGCGGCGAUUCAAGUUCUUCCAGGAGUUUCCCAAAAGGAAGGCCUUCUUGCACUGGCGGAAUGCAGGGAGGUGGGGCCGGAUGACGAAAGCCGGACGAGUGCUGGAAGAGCGCGUCUUCUUCCUACACCCCUGGUUCCGUUCGAGCUACUUCGCUGUGCGCGAGAUUUUUCAGGAUGUCGCAAACUUGCGAUGUUUGCGGUGCCAUUUUCCGCAGCCGCAGACUUUGGCGGAAUUCCAAGUGGCCCAGAAGAACUGGCAGCACGAUCUCUUCCAACGUGCCCGGCAGUUGGCCGCCAAAGUAACGAUGGAAGUUUCGCGAAUCCUGUCAUCGGUGAUCGAUCAGGUGCGCCGGGAGACCAGCGACAACAGCGAGUUCACGCGGCAGGUCCUUGUGAGCGGCCGGCAGCUGGGUUCAGCGGCCAUCGUGCGUGCUGGGAUGGAUCAAGAGGACAGCGAGGCUCUCGAGCGCCUCGGCUUCUCCAAGGACGUGAGCUUCGCGCAGCGCUCGCGGCUGCGCUUCGAGUGCGGGCGGCUGCUGCGCUUCGCGCGUCUCGUGGACCUGCUCUGCACCGAGUCCCUGGUGGAGGUGCUGGAGGCCUCCAUCGCCGAGACCGUGCGCAGCCUCGGCUUGGAAGAAGGCCGGCCGGAGGAAGGGCACAGUGGCUCGCAGAUUUUGCUGAAGGUGACAAGCGCUGCACACGCAGACCACGUGGCCCAGACCAUGGCUGUCCAGCUGUGUCCAAGUGACGUGGAGGUCUCAGUGGAGUUCAUCAACUGGUUACGGCACGGCUGUACGUUGGCCACCUUCUUCACCUGCAACUAUGCGUCGCCGGCACUCGGGCAGAUGAAUGGGUAG